AUGAAGAAUCAUGAGUCUCGCCUCACAGGAUCUCGCCCAUUCCCUGAAGCGAAUGCGGCAAUAUACAAUUAUGGGCGUGGACGAGGUGGCGGGCGUGGACGAGGUGGUAAUCGUGGACGUGGACGUGGUUUUGCUCGUGGACAAGGAUCCCGUGGUCGUGGAUCUCAAAUCCAAAAUUACCCUAUUUUCAAGUAUGAUAGAUCUAAUUGCAACCCGAAGUUGGAGAAAAAUAUUAAUAAAGGAAAAAGGGUUGUUGAAAGUGAAUGCUAUAGAUGUGGAAUGAAAGGCCAUUGGUCACGUACCUGUCGUACGCCAAAACACCUAGCUGAUCUUUAUCAAGCGUCCCUGAAGGACAAAGGCAAGAAUGUUGAAACAAAUUUAGUUUUCGAAGAUAACGACCAUGCAGACAAUCUCCUUACAAUGACUUAUUUGGAUACUGCUGAUUUUUAUGAGACCCCUGAUGGCACCACUACCCUAGAUGAUAAACAGAAUGCUUGA